AUGCAUCAGGGGAUUUUUCCUGUACCGGGCGCUAUGUCCAUGUCCCCAGCUGCUACGUUCUAUGCAUUGCAGGCUGCAACUCUGUUGCUCCUUUGGAUCGCAGUGUUUGUUGGCAGUGGUGUGGACUUUCUUCGACUCGGUGAGAAGCUAUCCAACACAGCAUUGCGACCGUCUUGGAUGCCAAAAAGCUGGUUUUUGAUGCUACUUCGUUCAAGCAUCUAUCGGCCGGCAGCGUACAGCAUCGUUCCCUACAUGUUUUUGCAAGCGUUUGUCGUGGAGAAGUGGCUCCUUCUCUUGCCAGUGGUGGUGGCACUCUCCCGGUCUCUGGUUGCUUUGGCAGUUACCAUCUUCCACCUAGGUGACUCAUCGAGAACCAGUAGCCACCGGGACUAUCUGAUGCUGUACAACUGCUGGGUGUUGGCUCUGUGUGGGUGGAUCCAUGCUUUCGUGCCUUCUGCGGGAGUGGACGAGGUGGCUCAAGCCCUGGCAUUGGGCUUCUGCAUCUGGUACAUCUUCAGCUGCGGAGUAUCGAAGGUGGUGGUGGCCGGCGGUGGUGUGUCCGUGAACGAUCACUCUAUGCCGCGGCUGAUGCAGGGAUUCCGAGAAUGGUCCUUCGGAGACACCUUGAAUGCGAUCCUGGAGACCUUCUCACGGAAGACGCCGAAGGGCGGAGGCCCUGUGCUCGGGGUCCUCACCCGCAGCCUCGUCUUGAGCACCCCGCUCUUGGCGGAUUCCUCGGCGAGACCUCCGAGCACCUUUCCGAGCAAACUGAAACGAUGGGCACUGAACUCUUGUGCUUUCGCGACGCUGGCUUUCGAGUGCUUUCUAGCACCAUUGUGCUUGGUGGUUCCCGCGCUAACGGCAGGGUCUCCCAAUGCCGAAGCCAGCUACCGGCUUUUCGUAGGCGGUGGCAUGAUCUUUCUCCACCUGGCAAUCGGUGCCUUGCAAUCGGGUGCCAUCGGUGCCUUCUUCCUUCCCUGCGCCGCCAGCUAUGUUUAUGGCUUGUCCUUCGCAGUGUCUUCCACGACAAGUUCCAUCACAGGUGUGCUCGCUUCGUGGAGGUUCUGGCUUCCGAUAGUGAUCACGCUGAUGCCGGUGUUCGGUGCCUUCUGGGCACGGCCAUGCACUCGACUCUUACCGGAGCAUUGGCCUUUGACUCCCAUGGCUCUGUUCCCUUGGAGUGAGAAGCAGUGGGUGAUGCUGCAUAGCCUCCUUGUUCGUGGUGAUACGCGAUUGGUGGCAGUGGCAGCAUCAGAGCAGAAGGACAGCCGAUUGAAUCUCGCAGGGAAGCGAGUUAUCCCGAUUGAAUACGACGCAGAAGUGCCCCUGAUGGAUCGGGUCGUCGCACCACAACCAAACGAAGACCUUGUGGCCUAUGAUCUGUGGUCACGGGUGAUUGGUAUCACCACAUUUCAGGACCGAAUCUUGCAAGCAGUGCUUGAGUCUGCGUCGUGCUAUGAUUCCGAUGUGCCUUUGGAGGCAGCGGAGCUCUUGAAGGUUUCGCAAAGGAUUCUGGACGCUACCGCUGCAUUCUUGCAGGGUGAGGAGCGCGUGGUGGAGAUAUCGACUGGCAUGACCCUUACAAAAUGCUGCCUCGUUCGCGUGGACAAGCAGCUGCACAUUAGGGAGGUGCUUGCUGAUCCGGCA